AUGCAUAUCUGGAUCCUCAAAAUACUCCUUGUGAUUGCAUCAUCUCUGAGGCUCAUCGAGAUGUAUGACAAUUACGGGGAGAUCUGCCGCAACCUGUGCACAUGCGAGGAGAAGGAGGGCAUCCUGACCGUGAGCUGCGAGAACCGAGGUAUAAUUCGUCUCACGGAAAUCAGCCCCGUUCAGUUCUCCAUGUACCACCUGCUCCUCACGGGGAACCUACUCAAGAAACUGUCCGUCAAUGACUUUAUCAACUACACAGGGGUGACCAUCUUGCACUUGGGAAACAAUGACAUAUCCGAGAUCGAGUCCGGAGCCUUCAACGGGCUCCAGGGAUUAAAAAGAUUGCACCUGAACAAUAACAAGAUCGAGAUUAUCCGGGAUGACACUUUCGCCGGGUUGGAGAGUUUGGAAUAUCUACAGAUUGACUAUAAUUACAUCACCAAUAUUGACCCCAAUGCGUUGAGCAGACUCCACCAACUGACAGUCAUGAUUUUAAAUGACAACCUGCUCUCCGCCCUCCCUUCUAAUAUAUUCCGCAACGUGCCAUUGACGCAUUUAGAUUUGAGGGGGAAUAGGCUAAAAAUUUUCCCCUAUGUGGGUUUGUUGGAGCACAUGGACAAAGUUGUGGAAUUACAACUUGAAGAAAAUCCUUGGAAUUGCUCGUGUGAAUUAGUCGCGCUUAAAAACUGGCUAGAGAGCAUCGCUUAUACAGCUCUAGUGGGGGAGGUGGUUUGCGAGACGCCUUUUAGAUUACACGGGAGGGACUUGGACGAGGUGUCUAAGCAGGAACUGUGCCCCCGUAGACCUAUGGAUGACGCUGUGAGACCGGCGCCCCCUAGCAGCACCAGUGGAUAUUACCAGACCACCCCUUCGUCGGUCACCACCUCCGCCACGUCCUCUGCCGUUUUGAGGUCAUCGUCCAAGCCCACCCGGGGCACCAGACAGUUUAACAGAACUAAAAUCAAGCCCACGUCGCGGAUAUCGGGAGGCAAUCCUUACAACUACGGCCCAAUUAUUGCUUUUCAAACCAAAUCUCCUGUGCCUUUGGACUGUCCCACCGACUGUACAUGUAAUCUACAAAUAUCCGAGAUUGGACUUAAUGUCAACUGCCAAGAGCGGAAGAUAGAGAGCAUUUCUGAUCUGAAACCCAAGCCAUACAAUCCGAAAAAAAUGUAUCUCACUGGAAAUUACAUCCCGGUGGUGCGGAGAUCUGAUUUUGUCGACGCCACCGGAUUGGAUUUGCUCCACCUCGGAAACAACAGGAUAACAGUGAUCCACGACCGAGCUUUUGGGGAUUUAACCAACCUGCGUAGGCUGUAUUUGAAUGGUAAUCUCAUGGACAGGCUUACUGGAGAAAUGUUCUACGGCUUGCAAAACCUCCAGUACCUUUAUUUAGAGUACAACAAAAUCAGAGAGGUGGAGGCGGCCACGUUCCGCUACCUCCCUAAUCUUCAGCUACUCUUUUUGAACAACAACUUGCUAAAGACAUUACCAGUUGGCAUAUUCUCUAGCCUGUCCCUUUCUAGGUUGAAUCUACGCAACAACAACUUCCAAAACCUGCCUGUGAGUGGAGUUUUGGACCAGCUGAAGUUAUUGGUGCAAAUUGAUCUGUUUGAAAACCCGUGGGACUGUUCUUGCGAUUCCGUUGGUAUGAAAAUAUGGUUAGAGCAGUUGAGCGCAGGCACCAUGGUCAAUGAGGUGAUCUGCGAAAGCCCGAAGCGGCACGCCGGAAUGGAGUUGCGUUCUAUCGAAUCGGAUCAGCUUUGCCCGGACUACGCGGACUCUUACGUUUCGCCGACCCUGCCGACGGAGGAACCGAUGGAUGACCACGUCGCCACCACAGACACGCCCCCGAAAUUCACCUCCCCGAGCAGCACGGUGCCCCUCUCGGUCCUGAUCCUCAGCCUCUUGCUCGUGUUCAUCAUGUCCGUUUUCGUGGCGGCGGGGCUUUUCGUCGUGGUCAUGAAACGCCGCAAAAAGUCUCAAAGCGACCGUACGAGCACCAACAACUCGGACGUGAGCUCUUUUAACUUGCAGUACAGUCUCUAUAGCAACCGCUCUGGUAAUAAAGUCAAAGCUCCGGCUGGUCACGUCUACGAGUACAUCCCUCACCCAAUGGGGCACAUGUGUAAAAACCCUAUUUACAGAUCGCGAGAGGGGAAUACUGUGGAGGACUAUAGGGACCUGCAUGAACUCAAAGUGACAUAUAGGAGUACCCCGGAGGAGGACAGGGAUAGCAGUACAAUGAGGAGCCCCGCGUACAGCGUCAGCACUAUCGAACCGCGGGAUAACCCCUCCCCCGUACCGGACGCGGACCACUUCUUCAGGGGCAUCCUGGAGCCAGACAAGCAAUCCCCCUGCCAGUCCAUCCCCUCUCUACCCCCGGGGGCCAAUUUAGAGUACAAGUACACAGGGCCAGUCUCUUACACGUACAACCCAAACUUUGAUGUCAGGCGUCAGUUCCUGCACCCGGACAGGAUAAGAGAGACUGUACUCUACGGCACUGCUCCUAGUACUGUGUUCGUGGAGCCCAAUAGGAAUGAAUACUUGGAACUAAAAGCUAAACUGCAAUCUGAGCCCGACUACCUGGAAGUCCUGGAGAAACAGACCACCUUCAGCCAGUUUUGA